GAGCAGUUUGACUCGCUCCUUAUCUACAGAAAUCGGCUGUAUCCUUCACGGUUUCACCGCUUCCAUUCAGUUUGCGGAUUCAACAUCUUUCUUAAGCGGAAUAGUGCAAAAUCUCUUAGGAAUAUCAAGCCAUCUUUUACUAGGCGAUCCGAAACAAGUGAUCCUCGUACGGGCAUCUAUCCGACCUCUGGCCCUUGGUAUCAACUUUCCGCCCGCGACUGCAACACCGAAAACAGUCAUCGCCAUGUCUGCCUCUUUGCCAGGCGCCCGGGCGCUCCCCGACUCACAAUACGACCUCAGCACAUACUGGGGACGCGUCAGGCAUACCGCCGGCAUUACGGAUCCGAGGACUCUCCUCGUUGGCCGCGCCGGUCUCGAACAAGCCAAAAAUCUCCUGGUCGCAUACAAGACCGGCCAGAUACAAGACAUGACUCCCGAGCUUUGGAGGGCGAAGAAGGUCGUCGACUCAACGCUGCACCCGGACACUGGCGAACCGGUCUUCCUGCCCUUCCGCAUGUCCUGCUUCGUACUUUCAAACCUGGUCGUCACAGCAGGCAUGCUUACGCCCAAUCUCGGCAACCGCGGAACAAUAGCCUGGCAAGUAGCCAACCAAUCGCUGAACGUCGCCAUCAACUACUCCAAUUCGAACAAGUCCUCCCCCUUAUCGUGGUCCAAGAUCGCCCAGUCCUACUUCCUGGCAGUCACAGCUUCGUGCUCCGUCGCCGUCGGACUAAACAGUCUCGUGCCGCGCCUCAAGAGCCUCUCCCCGUCAACCCGCCUCAUCCUGGGCCGCCUGACCCCGUUCGCCGCCGUCGCGAGCGCGGGCGCCCUCAACGUGUUCCUGAUGCGCGGCGAGGAGAUGCGCACUGGCAUCGACGUUUACCCCGUCACCGACAAGACCUCCUCUUCUGCUGCUGCCGCUGCCGCUGAAGGAAAGCCCGGAAAUGCCGUCGCCGUCCCUGUUACCGGCGGCGCGGAUGAGGCCGCUAGUAAUAGUAGUAACAGUCUGGGCAAGAGCCGAAAAGCAGCCACGCUGGCCGUCGCCGAGACGGCGCUCAGCCGCGUGUUGAACAGCUCCCCCAUUAUGGUGAUCCCGCCCCUGAUUCUGGUCAGGCUGCAGAGGACGGACUGGCUCAAGAAGAACCCGCGCUGGACCACGCCCGUGAAUUUGGGUCUGAUCCUCCUGACCAGCUACGCGGCGCUGCCGUUGGCCUUGGCGGCGUUUCCGCAGCGCCAAAAGGUCAGGGCCGAGAGUUUGGAGGAGGAGUUCCAUGGUAGGGGAGGUAUUGGGGGGUUGGUUGAGUUUAAUAGGGGGAUUUGAGGACUUAGGUAAAGGGCAAAGUCUGGAGUGCCAUUGUAAUGGCUGGCGGGCUUUCUUUUUUCGAGAUACCCGUGUUCUUUACGCUCCUUGUAUUCUUCUCUAUGGGUGUAGAUGGGAUAGACAUGCCUGUGCUACUUGAUCCCUGGUCUGUUUUGACGCUGGUCUGCUCGAUACCUGGUGUGUUUACGUGAGGAUAGACAUUCCACCUGCCGGCAUUGCCGGUUCAGGCUACCGAGUCGGGUCGUUAAUAAGAGGGAUAUGAUUUACUGGUUGCUGAUUUGGGCAGCGCAGUGUAACGUCGAUAAUGCCGC